AUGGAGAAAAGCGCUGUUGGUGCAAGCCAAAGGUUGGGGGGUUUAGGUACUUUCUUGAGGAAAUGUAUGUUUAGCGUCGUAUCUGUGGGCCCCAUUCCUGAGCACAUUGCCUUCAUCAUGGAUGGGAACCGAAGGUAUGCAAAGAGGAGGAACUUACCUGUAGCGGAAGGUCAUAAAGCUGGAUAUUUGGCUCUCAUGUCCAUUCUGAGGUACUGCUAUGAAUUGGGAGUCAAGUAUGUAACAGUUUAUGCCUUCAGCAUUGAUAAUUUCAAGCGACGGCCCGAGGAGGUGCAAACUCUAAUGGAUCUGUUGCAGGAGAAGAUUGAGGUGCUGCUUGAGAAAGAAAGUAUUGUUAACCAAUAUGGUAUCAGAGUAUAUUUUAUUGGUAACUUGAAACUUCUGAAUGAGCCUGUCAGGGUUGCUGCUGAAAAGGCAAUGAAGGCUACUGCCAACAACUCCAAGGCUGUGCUUUUGAUCUGUGUGGCCUAUACUUCAUGUGAUGAGAUUGUUCAUGCUGUACAAGAAUCCUGCAAUGAGAAAAGGAAUGAAAUUCAGGCAUUGAAUGGAACCAAGGUUAGCAAUGGUGUGACUUAUGGAGUUGAAAAGGGAGAGAAGAUUAAUGGUGUGAUGGAGUGUGAUGUUCAUAAAUCAUGCAACGGCAGUUUGGAUGGAAAAGCAGCAUUAGAUACCAGUAAACCUUGCAGUGAAAGAGAUGAGGCGGAUGAGAAGGAAAAUACAACUGUUAAUCAUGUUGAAAAAGAUAAAGGGGGUGAAGUUGCAAGUAGAAUUUGCAAUGGUCUGAUUGAAGAUGUUCAAGAGAGUGAGAAGUUGCCACACAAAAUUCCUAAUGUAAAGCUGGUCGAUGUUGAGAAGCACCUGUACAUGGCAGUGGCACCUGAUCCAGACAUUAUGAUCCGAACUUCGGGUGAGACCCGCCUGAGCAAUUUCCUACUCUGGCAAACUUCUAACUGCCCAUUGUACUCCCCUGCUGCUCUGUGGCCAGAGUUGGGCUUAUGGCACCUGGUUUGGGCAGUUCUGAAUUUCCAGAGAAACCAUUACUAUUUGGAGAAGAAAAGGAAGCAAAUGUAA